AUGAAAAUCACAGAAUUUAGUAAUUUAGAGUAAUCUUAAACUGAUUCUAGACCAUCAACUCGUCCUAUCUCGGCCUCAGAUAUUUCAUGCUUGAAAAUUGGAAAAAACAAAAUUGAAAUCUUAGAAGUAUAUUAAAUCCUUAAUUUAUUAGAAAAAAUAUAAUAAAAUGCUGACAAUUAACAUUGAUGAUAUAAAAUUAAUGACAUGGAUUAAACAGUAAAUUACAAUUUCAUUAUUAUAGUGAGGAUACCUAUGAAGUAACCUUUGAAUAUAAACAGAAAUUUCAGGAUAAAUUUUUUUUUGACUUAUUAAGUGGGAGAUUAGGGCACAGAGCCCUUAUUACUUAAAUUGCAUAAGAUAAUUUUAAUUAUAACUACUAAAGACUUGAAACUAUUAAAAAAAUACAAAAUGGGGAAGUACGUAAAUUCUAAAUAUUAUAAAAGAUUAUCAAAUGUCGUAAAAGAGAAAAUAAUGAGAUAUUUGUUGCAAAAAUACAAAGAAUUAAUCAUUUUUUGAUAGAGAGAGAACUACAAAUUAAUUUACACAUUGCUUAAAAUCCUCAUGAAAAUGUAGCGAGUAUUGUUGAAUACUAUUUUGAAAAUGAUCAAAUAAUAUUCAUUUAUCCUUAUUUUUCAGGAGGUACCUUAAAUUAACUUGUAAAUUCUAAUUAUAAAGACUUAAGUAAGAUUAAGGUGAAAACAAUAAUGAAAAAAAUUUUUUCAGGAUUGAAUCAUAUACAUAGUCUUGGAAUUAUACACAGAGAUAUAAAAAUGGAUAAUAUUAUGUUAGAAGAUAUUAAUGAUCAUAAAAGUAUUAGAAUUAUUGAUUUUGGAUUUUCAGCAUUCAAAGAUAAUUUAAAUUAUUUAUGUGAAAAAUGUGGAACUAUUGGAUACUUUGCUCCUGAAAUAAUCAAUGGAUAGUUUUACAAUCAAAAAUGUGAUAUAUAUAGUUUAGCUUAAGUCUUUCAUAUGCUAUUAACAGGAAAUCCUAUGUUCGAUAGAAAUUUAAACAGAUAAUAAAUUAUUAGGUUAUCUAAAAAUAAUUUAUUUGCUAUUGAUUAUAAAAAUGUCAAAGAAAGCAAGGCAUAAUAACUAUUAUUCAAAAUGUUAGACUUUUAAGAUAAAAGAUAUGAUGUUUUACAAUGUUUAGAACAUCCCUUUUUCUUUAAAACUGAAAAUUUAGAAUCUAAGUAAUUUUUUUAUAGAAUUUUAGAAUUAAAAGUGUAGAAACAUUAAAGUUCAAGUCUCCCUUCUGA